AUGUACGGCCUUUCCGUCGGGAUUUCCAACGUUGGCGACUCCCUGCCUGGCCCAGUCUACGCCCUGCUCUCCGGUCUCAACGCUUCGACCGUGGGCAUUAUUGCUGUUGCGGCUGUUCAGCUAUCAGAAAAGGCCAUCACUGAUCCCUUGACCCGCAUGAUUGUCCUCGUCGCAGGCGCAGCUGGGAUUCUCUACAACGCGUUGUGGUAUUUUCCCCUCCUGAUGCUUGUGGCAGGUGUCGUCACGGUUGUGUAUGACUUUCGCUGGCUUCAUCCCCUCGCCAAAGGUGUGCUGGAACUGGUCAAGAAUCCACGACAAAAGAGCCGUGCCCCAGAGAAUGAGUCUAUAGAAUUACCGGAAACGCAACGGGACGAUAGAAGUAGCGCUGUCUCGCGAGAGCACGAGGCGCCACCGAACCGCAACGACGCGGUCGAUACCCUCCCCAUUACUGAGAACCAACGCUCCGAAGCCGAGACAGAGCCUCGGGUGGUCCCGACAGAGCGUGUUCUGGACUUCUCCUGGGCCAUUGGUCUUGCCAUCAUUGUCUUCUUCCUCAUCACGUUCACGGUGGUCAUGGUCCUCCGCGGCGUGCUGCCCACGAAACCGCUUCUCUACAGCUUCUUCGCCAACAUGUACCUCGCCGGAACGAUCAUCUUUGGCGGAGGUCCCGUGGUCAUUCCCCUUUUGCGAGAGUACGUUGUCGCCGAAGGCUGGGUCAGCCCCCGCGAUUUCCUCAUCGGCCUCGCCAUCCAGCAGAGCUUUCCGGGCCCCAACUUCAACUUCGCCGUCUACCUCGGCGCACUGACAGCAAUCAACGGAGGCUACAGCUCGGCCGCCGGCGCGGUGCUUGGUUACAUCGGCAUAUUCGCUCCCGGCCUUAUCACCGUGCACGGAACGAUGGGCAUCUGGAGCGCCAUCCGUGGUCUGCGAUGGGUCAAGUCGCUGCUGAGAGGUGUCAAUGCCGGUGCUGUUGGGCUCAUAUACACAGCCGUCUACAGAUUGUGGCAGAUUGGCUACAUCGACCAAGACUUCCAGCAGGGAACAAGCUUGGCGCAGGAACCGUGGUGGGUGGUUGUCACGGCGUCGAGUUUUGUCUUUGGGUAUUCAUUCGGCGUAAACCCGCCCGUCGUCAUCGUCAUGGGUGCCGUGCUCGGGCUUACCUGGUACGGCGUCGUCACGGCGUAG